CCGAUUCAAAUUUCAAAACGCCAGUCUUCACUCUUCGGCCUUUCCCUUUCCGUCCAGGCGGAAACCACCACCCCGGCGACGGAAGUUGAAGGGCUCGAUCGCCUCGCCGCUCUCCUCGAUCCGUUGUUCCAUGGCGGGAUCCAGGUUUCGCCUGAUCAAAGAAGUCUUAGGGUUUUUCGAAUCCGUGCUAGUGGGUUGUCUCUUCGGCUGCUUCCGGGUCAAGGAUGAUGCGCGGAGGAAGACCAACUCAAGCGCCAAGACAAGCCGCCCCGAGGAAAAGGCUAAUUUUAUCAAAAAUUGUCCUUCGCUAUCAAAAGUUCCUGAAGGAACAGGGGAAAUAUUUAAUGGAGUAUUUGCCCAGACUCCUGGGGAAGAUGACUUGCCUUCAAAUCUUCCGUCUCAACCUACAUUGAGUGGCUUGACUAGUGAUUUGAAUGGGCAAAAUGAUCAUAUACAGGAAGGCCUUGCAAAGCCUGAAGAUACUUCAAGUCGGCAUGACAAUAUUGAGAGUUGCAUGAUAGAGCAGCUUCAAACUGUGUCUAACAUUCUGGAGUUUGAUGUGAAUACUCGUGUAUCUCAACUUGAUUGCCAGCAAGAAUCAGUUAAUUUAGAUGUUUCUCCAUCACACAUUGAUAGCAAGACCAUAAACCUCGAUAGUGAUUCACCUUUUCCAACACCAUUAAACAUUAAUGAAGAAUUGCAGACCCCUGGAACGUUCUUUCGAGUUAACUUGGAUAACCGUAGGACUGGAAAGCACGCAAGGAUUCACAAUCAGUACAUAUAUCCAGUUCUAAAACCAGUAGAAAAUCUACCUCAAUGGAUUGCACUGCGGCAACAAUCUUUAUUGAAUGUUAAGUCAGAUGAAUCUUUUGAGCCACAAUUGAAGAUUCCUGCAACAGAUAGUCGAAAAAGAAGCAACCAGGUUUUACCUGACACAUUGUAUAACGGUCACAAUUUUAUCUUGCAAUCGCCAAGUAGAAAUGGGAGCCAAGAAGAAAAUUUAUUCUCAUUCAACAAAUCUCGGUACAAUGAAUCAUUGGGUAUCUCAGCUCAUGUUUCAGGUAGCACAGGAGACAUUGAGCCUGAAACUCUAAAUCUCAUGUUCUCAAGUUUGUCCAAGAGGUUGAAAUGUCCAAUUUUGAAUAAUGAGAAAGGAUCGAUUACACCAAUUUCUAAUGAACAAUUUCAUGAGAUGAACAAUAAUGCUGAUAGGCCUAUAAUUGGCACUGCUGCUGCUUACUGGAAUGAUGCUGAGCUCCUUUUGGACUUCCAGAAAGAAUGGGAUGGCAAUGGAAUCCCAAACACUACAACUAAAUAUAAGGAGGAUCAAAAAGUGAAUUGGCAUGCAACUCCAUUUGAAGAGAGGUUAGAGAAGGUAUUAUCUGCCGACAAGCAUUUGCCUCAAAGGAAACUUUUGUACAGAGAAUCAAAAGAGAUAGAGGAAGAAAGCAUGGAAACUUAGGAGUCUAAAUUAUACAUAGAAUUGUAAUUGGAAAAUGUCAUGACUGCGCAUUGAAUAAAUGAGCAGACGAUCGAAUCAUCGUAUUUUCUUAUGCCAAUUAUGAAUGUCAUCAAGGAUUUGGCAUUUUUAAUUUCUCAUUUCAACUUUUGUUUGCAUAGCUUUCUCUAAA